AUCCUAAUCAAUGAAAUUACCUAUAUUUCCAGUUUAAGUAGAGUAAUAAUCAUGCUAUCCUUUUUGCUUUUUUGUUCUUUAGACCGGAAUAGGCCUAUCCUGGAACAAAGUAAACCAAACAGCAUACUUAUUAAUUAGAGCCCCUUUUCCUUACUGAAGAAUUAGAACUGUCAUUCUUGUUCAGACCAACAAACAAUGGCUACUUCUUCCCUUUCUUCUUCUUCUUCUUCUUCUUCAGUAGCACCUCUCUGUUUCUCCCUUUCCUCCGAAUUGCUUCCAUCUGUGUACAGAGAUAAACCCAAUUCCCUUUCAUGGUCUUCUUCUUUUCCCCAACUCAAACUUUCUGUUUCUUCCAUUCCGUGCCCUUCUAAUCUCUCUCUCCGCCAGUUUGUUAUUGAGGCUGCAUGGACAAGAAGAUCGCGGAGUGAAGCUGCAAAAAGGCCUAACAGGAAAUCAUGGAAACAAAGGACGGAUAUGUAUUUGAGACCUUUUUUACUAAACAUUUUCUUUUCAAAACGAUUUAUCCAUGCAAAAGUAAUGCAUCGAGGAACCAGCAAGGUGAUCUCUGUUGCUACCACAAAUGCGAAAGACUUAAGGAACUCAUUGCCUUCCCUUACUGACAACAACGCUGCCAGGGUGAUAGGCAAGUUGAUUGCAGAGCGAUCAAAAGAGGCUGAUGUCUACGCCAUUGCAUAUGAGCCCGGGAGGAAUGAGCGAAUAGAAGGUAGACUUGGGAUUAUUCUUGACACUAUCCAAGAAAAUGGCAUCAUAUUUGUUUAAAAUUCACCUUCUGUAUUUUAGUAUCAGUUAUUCCCAACUGUUAGAAUCCAUACGUCUCCUGUAUUCUUCAGAGCUCGUCUUUAUAGCAUGUGAUAGAUUUAUUUGCCAAAA